AAAUUUAAAUGUCCAGUAUACAAAUGUGGUGGGAAACCGGUGGUCUCAUCUCUGUCUCCCAAAUCAUUGAAAAUAAACCCUGAAAACCCUGUGAUCCCCCACAGUCGUAAAAUCCCUGCAUCAUGGACAGCAGGAACACCUCCAGAGAGGACCUGGAAACGUCCAUAAACCUCUUAACCCAGGAGAACCUUCAACGUAAGUCACUUUUGAGGUUAAGUACAAAAACAGCAACAGCAAGACGCAUUUCCCUCCACCAGAGUGUAUUAACUCGAAACAAUCCCGAGAUCCCGCAGUCCUCCAGAUUCUCCCGCGAGUCCCUGACCCCAGUGAAGAAUGACACCUCAGAACUGGACCUCUCGGUGUCUCUGCGACCAUCAGAGCUCGCCAAAUACUCGAAACUCUACAAUUUCUCGAGCCAAGACUCCCUGGACGCCUCCAUGACCCACAACAAAAGCAAUUGGUCCCUCCAGGAGAUGAUGGACGACAGUGCAGCCACGGGGAUCAUCCUCAAGUCCGACAAGCCCUGGAGGAAGGCAAACUCGAAGCUCUACCAGGAGUUCCUGGAGAUUGUUCAGUCACACGCCUCAGAGCUCCAGAUAUUCGACACAAUCGCGGAUUUUAUUCAAAUCUGCACAGAUACGUUGGAUAUAAUGAGGGGAAUGCAGUCGAAAGUCAACGAUACGGAACUCUCCGAGGAGGAGAUCAGUCUUGAGAAUGAGAGGAACACCUGGAGACUGAUCUACUGUCUUUACCAGAACCGAUUGGCUUCUGUUAAUUAUCAGAAUGAGAUGGAGACAGAUGUGAAUAGGAAUAUCUCUGAGAAGGACAUCAUAACGAACCUUUUGAAGAAUGAAUCACAGGUCCGAGAAUACCAACUAAUAAUCGACUGGCUGGAGAAGAAUGCCAUUGACCAGGCAGCGUUGUUCCCAAAGAUCGAGUACUUCACUGACAAAACAGUAGCCUGGGAGAACACCCUCCACCAGCUCCAGAGCCGCCAGACUGGUGUGUCUUUCGGUUCAGCCAGGCCCCUGGUAACAUCACUGGACCCAGACGCCCCCAUCCGCGAGGGCAAACCCCUCCACGACCUGGACAAAGAGGAUGACGCAAGACUCGAGAAAAGAAUGUUCAUAGAAGUGAGAUGUGGACGUCUUCAGCGAGCCCAGGAGCUGGCAAUUCACUGUGGGCAGCCCUGGAAGGCAGCUUGCCUGAUCGGUUGGCAGCCCCAUCACGAUCCUAACUACCAAAAUCCCCUGACAGACACCAAGCUCCCCAUCGAGGGGAAUCCCAACAGAUUCCUCUGGAAGUUGAAUGCUUGGUACCUGUCACAGGAUACCAGAUUUGGGGCUCAUUAUCGUGGCAUCUACGCGAGCCUCUGUGGUAAUUUGAAACAAUUGCUGUCACUUGCUACAUCCUGGCAGGACGCCCUCUGGGCCCACGUGAAGACCCUCAUGGACAUCGAGGUUGAGUCGGAGCUCCAGGGAAUCAUGGCGAAGAACUACGUCAAACUCCCUGAGGAGUACUGGAAGUUCAGAAUGACCUUGGAGGAUGUUUUCGACAAUCUUCAAGCCUCGAACGACGCUGGUAUAAGGAGGGAGGCCAUGAGACCGGAUCAUCUCAUCCAGAAAUACCUCAUUCUCGAUCAGAUACCGAAGCUGAUGGAGGUUAUCGAGAGCUGGAUUGACAGUCCCCAUUGUGGCCCCCAGUUCCUAAGGUUCCUCGCUCAUCUCGUCUUACUGUUCAGACAGAUUGGCAAGAGCUCUGACGAUGCUGUUGGCAAUAAGGUGCUUCUGAGCUAUGUCAAAGUACUGAUUGACAUUGGGGAUCCAACGCUCAUCGCUUUCUACACAGCUAGUCUACCUCAGGAGGAGCAGAUUGUCAAUUAUGCUGGAUAUCUGGAGGGUGUCAGGGAGUUUGAGAUGAGGAAAGUGUGUCUCACUGCUGCUGAGGACGCCAAUUUGAAUGUUGAGGCUAUUACUAAACUGGUGGUGGAAAAUGUCAGGCAUAAGAAUGUUGAUGAGGGGGUGGAUUGGGAACUCAGUGGGAAAAUCACUGAGGCCGAUAUCGAGAAGAUUGAGGCACUCGACUGGUUGACUUUCUAUCAGAGCCAGAGGGAUGAAGCUCUCUGGCAGGCUAAUGCACUUAUUCGGUAUUUCCUGACUUGUGAAAAAAUCGAUGCUGCCAGGAAGGCUUUCAACAAAAUACCUUCCGAUUCAAUCGAGGUAAUUAUGAUGGAGCAUCCCUCGAUGGAGACAACGGUCGCUCAAAUGGCAAUGACUAAUGAAAUUCUUUACAAAGCAUCGGCAUCAAUUCGGGAGUAUCUGUGCUACAAGGCUUACUUGGAUGCUCAGGAGGGCUUCCAAGAGUGGUUCUCUCAUUUUCACCAGGGAAAACCCUCACCGUUAGAUUCACUACCCUCUUUCGCGACCUUUACUGAGAAAGUCGCUUAUGAUCACAGAAAAGCUCAGUAUGAGGCGGAGAUGGACAGGUGGAAAUGCACUAUGCAACAUCAUACGAAGGCUGUCAAACAACUACUCUUCAACGUCCUCCUCUUCCCGGAUGGAGGUUGGCUAGUCGAUAAAAGUUCCGACAAUGUGGAGGACCGUGCAGAUUACGCUUUACGCCAGCACCAACUGAAAAAGCUCAGGAACCUCUGCAUUCCCAAAGUGACGAUUCUCCUUCUGAAUGUUAUGUCCGAGAUGAAUGAGCACGCAGGUUGCAUCGAGCUAGCCGACACAAUAGCCUCAGAGCAAUACAAGCUGUACCAAGUAUUCUCCAAGGAGCGCAGUCGUGAGGUCUACAGGAAAAUCUGUGAGUCCUCAGUUGCGCUCAUGGACCAGAAGAAGGAUCCCUGGGGCUACGCAAGAUGAUAGUAAUAAUGAACUCCGGAUUUUCAUUCACUCAGUUGAGUUUACAAAACGAUUCUUUUUUAUUGUCAACCACACAAAGUGAAUAUAAAAUUUUCAUACAUUUGUUAAUUAAUGAUAAUCAUAAUCAUCAAUAACUUGUAAUAAUGAAGAAAUUAAUGAUAAUAAUAACAGUGGAAUGAAUACAA